GACUCUCAUUCUCACUCAACGCACGCACGGGUUGCUCUCUCCUCUUCGCUCGCCUCCUUCUCUGGCCAGCUCUGUCUCGACGGCAGACUGCUCUCGGCUCUCGUCCUUCUCUGGCCAGAUCGAUCUCGGCGACAGACUGCUCUCGGUUCUCCUCCUUCUCUGUCCCUCUUGAUCUCGGCAAGGAACUGCUGUCAUCUCUCCUCCCCCUCUCGAUCUCGGCAACGGACGAUGGUGCUCACGAUUCAAGUGCUCGCGACGGCAAGCUGAUUCAGGUGCUCACGAUUCAAUUCUUUGCUUCAGCGUUCAGGGAAGGGAUAGACGACUUCCUCUCCUCCUCCUCCUUCCUGCAGCCAACAACACUCCACAGUGAGCUUUACAGACUGAGCAGUCUCUUCCAUCAUCUCUAUCCCGAGACAAAGCAGAAAGUAAGCAGAAAGUUGAUAUGGCCACAACUAUCAUGACUAGUACAUCCCUCUCUUCCAUUUUCAGAAACCCCCAAUUACUUGCCCCCUCCAAAUUGAAAUUCACGCUCCCCAGAUCAUCAUCCUCUUCUUCCUUCCCUCUUCAGUGCUUGAGACCCAUCUUCGUCUCCACAACAUCCAAUCCUUCUCACAUUCCCAAGUCCUCAGCCAAUGACAUCACUUCCCCCUCCUCUUCCCCACCCACCUACACCCUCUCAUCUCCCAAGAACCUCAAAGCUCGCCUCCAAAAUGGCGAAACCCUUUACGGCCUCUUCCUCCUCACCUUCUCACCCACAAUUGCCGAGAUCGCAGGUCUUUCCGGAUACGAUUUUGUUGUUGUUGAUAUGGAACAUGGUCACGGCGGCAUCUCUGACGCGCUACCCUGCAUCCAUGCCCUUGCUGCCGCUGGAACCGCUUCAAUUCUUCGAGUCCCCGAAACUUGCGCCACUUGGGCUAAGAAGGCUCUCGAUUUGGGUCCCCAGGGGAUCAUGUUCCCCAUGAUUGAGAGCGCAAAAGCUGCUAAGGAAGCGGUGUCGUAUUGUCGAUUCCCGCCCAUGGGAAUUCGAGGCUCAGCCCACCCGAUCGUGAGGGCAUCCGGCUAUGGGAUCGAUGAAGGUUAUUUGAGUAGUUACAUGGACGAGUUGCUGAUCAUGUGUCAAAUUGAAUCGGAGAAAGGAGUGAAGAAUGCUGGUGAGAUCGCGACUGUUGAUGGGGUUGACUGCAUUCAGAUGGGUCCGUUGGAUCUUAGUGCCAGCAUGGGGUACCUAUGGGACCCUGGGAACAAGAAAGUGAGGGAAGUGAUGAGGGCAACUGAGAAAGCAGUUCUCGAGAGCAAGAAGGACGGCAAUGGCAACAGCGGUGAAGCUUACUUAGCUGGGUUUGCGUUGCCGCAUGAUCUGCCCCUGGAUCUACAGUCGCGUGGAUAUCGCAUGGUGUCUGGUGCUACAGAUGUGGGGUUAUUUAGAAGUGUUGCAGUAGAGGACGUGCGGAGAUUUAAGAUAAGCAUCAUGGAAGAGAGCUCUAAUGAUGAACAUGAAGACGGAAAAGAUGGUGAUGAGAAGUACUGGAGUGAAUGAGAGACGCAUUUGCUUGUUGCUCUUCAGAUGGUGCUUUUUUUCUAUUUUUCUUGUUAGAUUACCUCAAGCUUUGUAGAUGUGACGAUUUUUAGUGUUUUUAGACCAUUCACUCUGAGUUUUUCAAUUUCCUUGUCAUGCUUUGAUCUUGAAUCCAAACUACAUGUUAGCGGCUUAAAAUCUAUAAUGUAUUUGAGUAAUUUCACGUGACCA